AUGGGAAGGCCACCUUGCUGUGAUAAAUCAAAUGUGAAGAGGGGCCUCUGGACUGCAGCCGAGGAUGCGAAACUUCUUGCUUGUGUAUCCAAACAUGGAGUUGGAAACUGGACUGUGGUUCCUAAGAAAGCAGGAUUGAACAGAUGUGGGAAGAGCUGCAGGCUUAGGUGGACUAAUUACCUCAGGCCUGACCUCAAGCAUGACACCUUCACUCCUGAAGAGGAAGAGCAUAUUAUCAACCUUCAUAAGGCUAUAGGAAGCAGGUGGUCUCUGAUUGCAAAACAACUACCAGGAAGAACAGAUAAUGAUGUGAAGAACUACUGGAAUACCAAGCUGAAAAAGAAGCUUUCCAAGAUAGGAAUUGACCCUGUAACCCACAAACCUAUCUCCCAUGUCCUCUCUGACUUUGGAAAUAUCACUUGCCUUCCACACCACAUCGGCGACCAUCUUGAGCCAUCCUUUAACAACAACUUGAACACGAGCACCACAUUCGUAUCUGAAUCAGAUCCAUCUUCGGGGAUCACAGGACUUGCAUACACCAAUAUGGUGAUGAUGAACCCCAUUAUGGAGUCACAUGAUCACUCUCAUACUAGUACUCUUCCCUUCGGCUUUCUGUCUCAGUUUCAAGCGAUGAAUCAAGACGACAAUGUGUCAUUGCCUCCACACUUUUUGAAUGAAGUAACUUCCUCUUGCUCAUCAUCAUCUUCUCCUCCUGCCACUGAUCUAUUGAGCCCGCAAUGUCAUGCUUCUGCACAAGUUAUCACACCAUCUUCUUCUCCCUUUAAUUGGAGUGAGUUUCUUCUUCAGGAUCCUCUUUCAUCCGCAGAUCAACCCAAGCAAGAAGAAGUGUUUCAUGGAGUUCUAUCAUCACCAGCCAAUCCCACAGUUAAUGGAAUUCAAUCUCAGUCAUUUGAAGUUGGAUCUUCAUCAACCAUUAAUGGAGGUCCAAGCUUGAACAACAACAAAAAUUUGGCUAAUGAUCACAUAGCUUCUUCUUCCUUGAGUUCAUUUGUGGACAGAAUCAUAGGUCAAGAUAGUGAGAUGAGGGCAGCAUUGUUCCCUGAACUUUUGGAUGGAUCCUUUGAUUAUUGA